CAGCUGGCGCCCGCCUGAGCCCCCGCCCGGCCCCGGCCCCGGCCCCGGCCCCGGCCCCGGGGCCAAUUGCACCAGCAAGCGGUGGGGCAGGAGUCCCCCAGUGCCCUGAGCCUCGGCCCCUGGAGGAACCAUGACGGAGUACAAGCUUGUAGUGGUGGGCGCAGGAGGUGUGGGAAAGAGCGCCCUGACCAUCCAGUUGAUCCAGAACCACUUUGUGGACGAGUAUGAUCCCACCAUAGAGGACUCAUACCGGAAGCAGGUGGUCAUCGAUGGGGAGACGUGCCUGCUGGACAUCCUGGACACAGCCGGCCAGGAGGAGUAUAGUGCCAUGCGGGACCAGUACAUGCGCACUGGGGAGGGCUUCCUCUGUGUGUUUGCCAUCAAUAACACCAAGUCUUUUGAGGACAUCCAUCAAUACAGGGAGCAGAUCAAGCGGGUAAAGGACUCAGAUGAUGUGCCCAUGGUGCUGGUGGGGAAUAAGUGUGACCUGGCUGCGCGCACUGUGGAAUCUCGGCAGGCCCAGGACCUUGCCCGAAGUUACAGCAUUCCCUACAUUGAGACAUCCGCCAAGACCCGGCAGGGUGUAGAAGAUGCCUUCUAUACACUGGUGCGUGAGAUCCGACAGCACAAGUUGCGGAAGCUGAACCCACCAGAUGAGAGUGGGCCGGGCUGUAUGAGCUGCAAGUGUGUGCUGUCCUGAUCCAGGCUCAGGACACAGAGGUGCCGGAUGCAGGGAGGAGGUGCAGAUGGAAGGAAGGAAGGAAGCAGGGAAGGAAGUGCCGCCGGAGCCCAGCCAGCCCAGGGAUGGUGGACAGAGGUGAUUGCAGACCCUCCCGUGGAUGCUUUGCAGACUGUCACGAACUGUCCCAAACACCACUGGCACCCCAGCCCUGACUCUGCCCCCAGCUUCUCCAGCCUCUGACAAGUGCAGGUUGAUUCACAGUAAAUUAUUUGUUGGUCUCGA